AUGAGUGACGGGUCCAUGGCUUCAGCAGGGUCAGUGCCGAUAAAAAACAUAGUUCUAGUUGGGCGUGCAGGCAACGGAAAAAGCGCCACGGGGAACUCACUCAUCAGACAACAAAUGUUCACAUCAGGAGCCCAAGCAACAGGUGUUACUAUGACAUGUCAGACAUUUAGAGCUGUGACAGAAGAUCUCCAUCGCCAUCGCCAGAUUAUCAAUGUUAUUGACACUCCCGGUCUGUUUGAUUUGUCUAAACCUGUUGAAUACAUCAGCAAGGAAAUCGUUAGAUGCCUUGCUCUGGUGGAUGAAGGAUUACAUGCUGUGGUGUUAGUUCUAUCAGUGAGAACUCGGAUGACCCAAGAGGAAGAGUCCGUUGUGACUACAUUGCAGAGCCUCUUUGGGGCUAAAAUCCUUGACUACUUGAUCAUAGUAUUCACUGGCGGUGAUGAGUUAGAAGCCAACAACCAGACUUUAGACGCGUAUUUGUCCACUUGCCCUGAAUUUCUGACGAGAAUUUUCACUCUGUGUGGCAACAGAAAGGUUUUGUUUAAUAACAGGACAGUUGAUGCAGACAAGAAGGAUAGACAAAUCCAGCAGCUUCUCGCCCAUGUUGCAGCAAUUGGAAACAACAAUGCAGGGAGACCGUUUACGGAAGAGAUGCACCGUCAGAUUAAGGAAGAGACAAAGAAGCUAAGGGAAGCCGAAGCAAGGUAUUCAGAAAAAGCAGAGAAGAGGUUGGUAAAGCAGUCGUAUGAUCGUAAAAUGGAGGAAAUGGCAAUUAUGGUGGAGGAAACAAUUAAAGAUGCUUGGAAGGCACACCAGAGAAUGAUGCGGGUGAUGGAAAACAUGGUGCCAAGGAGAGAACAAGAUCCUAAGGUGUCAUGCAACAUCAUGUAA